AUGGUGAUGGAAUGGAAGAAAAAGUUCUUUGUGUUUUGCUUAAUAUUUGUAAUUAGUGAUAUCAGGUGCAGCGAACAGAAUACAGACAAAUACAUCACCUCAUCUAAAGCGGAAUGUUUUUCGUCGAAAAGAUUGUUCUCGUGUAUCAAAUAUAAGGCUGCUCGAUUUAUUUGGUCGGUAGCAGUCGGACGAAUUCAAUUUAAUCUGUUGAACGAUGAGCGUUUCAAUCUAGUCAAAAUUGCGAAUGAUAGCGAUGAUAACGAGUUCUGGGAAUACAGACAUGACCAAGAUGUGAGUGAGACAUCGAAAAUAUUAUCGUUCCUAAAGAGAUCCGUUCACACGUUCUUAGCUGCACAUGGUUUUCAAAUAUCGUUUGAUAAUGAUAUUGGAGCUCGACUACUGCCCGACGCACAUUCGCAUCAUUCAACAGGGAAAAAGAAACGUAAACUCAAGCUGAUUGUGCCCCUUUUAAUUUUAUUAAAAGUGGCUGCAAUAUUAGUGGGUAUCGGUGGCAUCCAACUGCUGCUGGUCGGUGGUGGUCUAUUUUUUUAUCAAUAUGUCAGAAAUUGUGCCCAGAACACUGUUGAGAAAACUACACCAAGCAAUCCACAAUGUAAAUCUCAAGAGGUAACGAUGCGUACUAGCAUAAUUGAUCAAGAACCCGAGUCACCCUUUGCGAAUUAUGAAUAUCGUUAUAUCAGUCCACCAUCGUAUCACAGUUCAGCUUCCUCUGCAAAGGAUUGGGCGAAUAACAGGGCAUAUAGUGCAUAUGAAAUGGAUGCAGUUCUUAGCCACUCGCAGUUGUAAAGCAUAUCAUUGGUAACAUGAUACUUGACUUGAUCUACGUU